AUAUACAUAUUUAUUAUAAAACACAAAAAAAAAUAAUCAAAAAUACUUUAAGUGCACAUUUGACUCACAUAUAUUUAAAGUGCCACAGUGAAUUGAGGUCACAAGAACUAAUUCUAAAAUUUAAAAACAAAAGGAAAACAAAAACAAACAAAAAAUACAAAAUGCAUAUAGCGCUGAGAACACUAUUCCUUACAUUCUUCUUUUGUGGCGUCGUCGCCAAAAGUAAUGCCUAUUGCUCACUGGAAAGAAUGAAAAAGUUUGCAAUGGAAGCAUGUGAGCAUUUAUUCAUGCAAGAUGAGGGUAGAGAGAAGCGUUCACUGCCCAUGCCAUAUGAACACAAUUAUUUACACCACAAUGAAUAUCCGAAACACAACGACAAAAGCCAUUUCAUCAGCCGCAGUUCGUUCCCACGUGGUGGUUAUCUGAAAGUGGGUCAAGAGCAUUUCCAAAUACUGAGUAAAGUCGAUGUAUUUCCACGUUAUAAGCCAAAAAAGCAUCACGACAAGAAGGAACGCUACAAGCGUGAGCAUGCACUCAGUUACAACAACAUACCAUACUGUUGCUACAACAAAUGUGAAGAGGAUUUCUUUUGUUAAGCUCUAAUGGACGGACAGCUUAGCUUUAAAGAGCAGCAUAAGCAGUAUAAUCAAAGCGAAUAUAUAUGUAUAUACAAUAAAAAAAUCUGUUUUUUAUUUUAAUUAAUUUAAUAUUUGUAAAUAUUUUUUUUUUUUAGUUUUUACUUUAAUUUUAGCUAGCUAUUAUUAUACUACUAGCGCCAUUGAGUGCCCAUUACACCAUGUGUACCUUAUUAAUUAGUGUUUGUUAGUAAUUUUAUAUACAUGUACAUACACAUAUAGAAAUAUGUCAAUAUCAAUAUUUAUACGCA